AUGGAAGAGAGGUCUAUUAAAGGAAGUCAAAUUGGAUCUAAGGAGAUUUCUCAAGAUAGUCAAAAGGUGACCUCUCCCUUGAUUUGUGGUUACUGUGGAAAGGCCAACCACACCGAGGAUGCUUGUUGGCGAAAAGGGGGGAAAUGUCUAAUUUGUGGAAGCAGUGAGCAUCAAGUGAGCACUUGUCCGAGGAGGCAUCUACGUGAGGGUAGUACUCAGUCACUGGAUGGGACUAAAGCAAAACCGACGAAAGAAAAAGUGAACCGAACAAAUGUACCGGCCAAAGCAUAUGCAUUAGACAACCGAACGGUUCCUGACUCGCCUGAGGCUAAUGAAGGUGGGCUAUAUCUCAUGGAAAUUGACCGACUAUUGCGUCCUGGUGGAUACUGGGUGUUGUCUGGACCACCUAUUGGUUGGAAAAUCAGCUACAAGGGUUGGGAAAGAAAGGCCAGUGAUCUUGAAAUGGAGCAAAAAAAAUUGGAAGAUCUUGCCAGAAGGUUGUGCUGGAAAAAGAUUCGAGAGAGUGGUCCAAUAGCAGUGUGGCAAAAGCCUACUAAUCACCUUCACUGUGCCUCAAAAUUAAAGACUUGGAAAGCACCUAAGUUCUGUGUUGAUGACUAUCCUGAUCAUGGCUGGUACAUGAAGAUGGAAGCGUGCAUUACUCCUCUUCCAAAGGUGGAACAUAUACGCCAUACAUCUGGAGGGUCCCUUGAGAAGUGGCCUAAAAGGUUAAAAACUGUUCCACCAAGGAUAAGAAGUGCUACAAUUGAAGGGAUUACAACAAAAACCUUCGAUGAGGAUAAUCAGCUCUGGAAAAGAAGGGUUUCGUACUAUGGGAGUGUUCUCAAAUAUCUGAAUCGUGGAAGAUAUAGGAAUAUCAUGGACAUGAACUCAGGCUUAGGAGGUUUUGCAGCUGCUCUUUCACAGUAUCCAGUUUGGGUCAUGAAUGUGGUUCCUUAUCAUGCAAAGAAUAACACACUUGGUAUUGUCUACGAACGUGGCUUAGUUGGAACCUACAUGAACUGGUGUGAGCCCUUCUCCACAUAUCCAAGAACUUAUGAUCUAAUACAUGCAGAUGGUUUGUUUAGCAUGUAUAUGGACAAGUGUGAAAUACUUGACAUUCUUUUUGAGAUGUAUAGGAUUCUUCGGCCAGAAGGGGCCAUUAUUAUAAGAGAUCAUGUUGACGUCAUUGUGAAGAUAACAAAAGUUACGGAUAGGAUGAAAUGGAACAGUAAGAUUUCACACAAUGAAAUCAGCUCUUUCCAUCCUGAGAAGAUAUUGUUUAUUGAUAACUCUCAUCAAUAAUGUCUUGCUAAUUAUACUUCUUAUCUGUCUUAUUAUUCAUGCAAUAUCUUGAUGAAGUGAAGAAUAUCACAGCAUUAUCUUCUGUA